UAACUGAGCGCUCAGACCUCAUUCACUUUCAGCUGCUGCUGCUGCUCCUCCUGUGACCCUGGAAUAGCGGAGAACAUGCCUCGGGGCGCUGUGCACUCACCACUUUUAUUGCUUUGUUCCUUGUCGCUAAUCUUCUUCUCUCAUCGUGUGACAGCCUCGGACAUUGAAGCUGAUCUCGCACCGAUUUCCCCAGAUAAACUGUUGGUUUUAACAGUAGCCACAAGAGAAACAGAUGGCUUCCAUCGUUUCAUGCAGUCUGCAAAGCACUUCAGCUAUACUGUGAAGAUUCUAGGACAAGGUAUAGAAUGGAAAGGUGGAGAUGUAGCACAUACAAUUGGUGGCGGCCAGAAGGUCCGGUUGUUGAAAGAGACAUUGGAAAGCCUUGAGGAGCAAGAUGAUCUUGUUAUUCUCUUUACUGAUAGCUAUGAUGUUAUCUUUGCUGGAGGCCCAGAGGAAGUGCUGCUAAAGUUCCAGCAGUCUAACCAUAAGGUUGUUUUUGCUGCUGAAGGAUUAAUAUGGCCGGAUAAAAGACUGGCUGACAAGUAUCCUGUUGUGCGCAGUGGGAAACGAUUCCUUAAUUCAGGAGGAUUUAUCGGAUAUCUGCCAUAUGUUAAACAAAUUGUGCAGCAAUGGAAUCUCCAGGAUAACGACGAUGAUCAACUUUUCUACACCAAAAUCUACAUAGAUCAAACCCAAAGGGGCAACAUCAAUAUCACACUGGAUCACAAAUCAAGAAUUUUCCAGAACAUUAAUGGAGCACUUGAUGAAGUUAUUUUAGCUUUUGAAGAUGGAAAAGCACGUGUUCGGAAUUCGCAGUAUGAAACCUUGCCGGCUUUAAUACAUGGAAAUGGCCCAACAAAGCUUCAGCUGAACUACUUUGGUAAUUACAUUCCCAACGUUUGGGCACCUGAAACUGGAUGUGGGACUUGUGAUCUAGACACAAUUGACUUAUCUGCUGCAACUGCUUACCCAAAAGUAACCAUUGGAAUCUUCAUUGAACAGCCCUCCCCUUUCUUGCCUGAAUUCUUCAGCAGAUUGCUGGCGUUAGAUUAUCCCAAAGAGAAUCUAUUUUUCUUCAUACAUAACAGUGAAGUGUAUCAUGAACAGCAUAUUGUAAAGUUUUGGGAACAAGCCAAGAAUGUCAUUGGAGAUUUAAAAGUUGUUGGACCGGAAGAGCCAAUCACGCAAGCUGAAGCAAGAAAUAUGGGAAUGGACAUCUGUCGGCAGAAUAAAGAAUGUGACUAUUACUUUAAUAUCGAUGCUGAUGUAAUGCUGACCAAUCCCCAGACUUUAAAAAUACUUAUCGAACAAAACAGAAAAAUUCUUGCACCACUUAUAACACGUCAUGGUAAACUCUGGUCCAACUUCUGGGGUGCACUGACGGCAGAUGGUUUCUAUGCACGAUCUGAAGAUUAUGUGGAUAUAGUUCAAGGCAAAAGAGUAGGUCUAUGGAACAUGCCUUAUAUAGCCCAUGUGUAUUUGAUAAAAGGAGAAACUCUCAGGUCAGAAAUGCAGGAAAGAAACCAGUUUGCUCUGGACAGACUGGAUCCUGACAUGGCCCUUUGCAGAAAUGCCAGGGAAAUGAAUUUACAGAGAGAAAAAGACUCCCCAUCUCCAGCAACUUUCCAUAUGUUCAGCCCCCCAAAGGGUGUUUUCAUGUACAUAACAAACAGACAUGAAUUUGGAAGACUCCUUUCAACCGCCAAUUACAAUACUACUCACUAUAACAAUGACCUCUGGCAAAUAUUUGAGAAUCCUGUGGACUGGAAAGAAAAGUAUAUAAGUGCAAACUACUCAAAGAUCUUUACCCAAAACAUUGUUGAACAGCCAUGUCCAGAUGUUUUCUGGUUUCCAGUGCUUUCAGAAAAGGCCUGUGAUGAACUUGUAGAAGAAAUGGAGCACUUUGGUGAAUGGUCUGGCAGCAGAAAUACAGAUACUCGAAUUGCUGGUGGAUAUGAGAAUGUGCCAACUGAUGACAUCCACAUGAAACAGAUUGGUUUAGAUGAGGAAUGGCUCCAUUUUAUAAGGGAAUACAUUGCUCCUAUAACUUUGAAAGUCUUCGCUGGCUAUUACACAAAGGGGCACGCGUUGCUUAAUUUUGUUGUAAAAUAUACUCCAGAUCGACAAUCAUUUCUCCGUCCCCAUCACGAUGCUUCAACAUUCACUAUCAAUAUUGCACUUAACAAGAAAGAUAUAGAUUUCCAGGGAGGUGGGUGUAAGUUUUCUAGAUAUAACUGCUCAAUUGAUUCUCCAAGAAAAGGCUGGAGUUUCAUGCACCCAGGACGUCUUACACACUUACACGAAGGUCUUCCUGUCACCAAUGGAACUAGAUACAUAGCAGUCUCAUUCAUUGAUCCAUAAAAAAAAAAAAUACAUGAUGCCAACUUCCUAUUUUGUAGCAACUCUUCUAGAGAGUUUUCUAUAUUUCUUGAUGUGACUUGUUAUAAUUUAUAGAACUCCUUCCAAACAGAAAAUUUGCUACUGUGUAAUUUUAAAAAAAAACUUGUACUGACCAAAAGAGGAAAUUUAUUUAUUUUUUUAAAAUUUGUGAUGGAAGUUCAGCUGCCUCUAAUUUCACAUUCUUAAAAUGUGUAAGCUUUUGACUUGAAUGGAAUCCACCAUCUCCUGUCAUAUUGUCUUAAUCAUGUCUGCCUUUAAAACCAGACGCCUUGUGUCAGAAGGUGCCACAGGAACUGGUGAUUGAGUAGUCUGCAAUGUAACCUCUUCAACCCCAUCUAAAGCCAAGCACUGUAAUGUGACCGCACCUAGUGACUCUGGGCUGAAGCUUCAAGAUUCACUCGACUACACUGCUGCUGCCCUAGACCUCUAUAAUAUCUAUGCUAUUGGCUCUGAGACUACUACACAAGACAGGCAGUUUCUAGUAUUGACUUAGGUUGACAUUGGCAGACUUUUACUAAUAUCAAUGUCUGCUUUUGGGAGAAUAUUUUAAGAGUAGGAUCUAAAAGAUGGUGGAUAUUAAAACAUAUUUAACACUUUUUCCCCAUAAGUGAUGUGAAUGCUAUUUUUUUAAUGUAACCUUGAAAAAGCUAUAGAAGAAAUCUAAAAGCUCCACUGUCCUGUCUAGUUUAAAGUUGCGUGAAAUCGAAGGUGUAGAGCAGGGACCAAUGGAAUGGAAAAUUAAUUAAUAUAAACGAAUGUGUGCACAGCUGAUGUAAUAACUUCAUGGAUUAUUUCAAAUACUUUCUUAAAUGCUAAUAUUUAAUGAUGGGCAAACUUGUCCUGUUUCGCUGUGAAACGCGUCGCCAGCGUCGGAAUUGUCACGGGCGUCAAAUGGCUUUGACGCCGGCAAUUUUCAGAAUUUGUUCACCGAUGGCAAAACGAGGAAAUUCCCCCACAAAUUUGCGCCUGCCGAAUAAAUUCACCCACCACUACUAAUAUUACAUUCAUUUAUCCUGAUAGUCUUGUGUAUAGACCUAUACAGAAGAGUGUAUCAUAAUUACCCAAUAAUACAUACCCAGGUAUGCCUGAUAAUUUAUUCCCAGCUUCAGUUCUAAUUUUAUCUAAGGUAGACUGCCCUAAAGUUUUCCAAUUAAGUGUCAAAUUGUAUACACAUUUUAGAGAAGCAAACAUUUAUAAAUAAAAAAUAUUGUGCUGUGGUAUAAUUUUAUUUCGUAGUCAGUGAGAAAAGUCAUCUGAUUGAUCCCAUUUUAUAUCAUUAUUUCCUCAGACAUUAUUUACAGUUACAAUUGUUUUUUUUGUUUUUUUUUAAUAAUAUUUUGCUCCUAAUUUCUUAAUAUUGCAAUUUUUCUGCAACCGGAUCGCUGCGGUUUUCACUUUCCACUGAUCUCUAUUGAAAUUGCACGGAGCAGUUCAAAUUUUAAAUGAAGAUUCUAAGUAAUGAUAGCAAAUCCUAAUAGAUCCCCUUUACUGUUGAAGUUAAGACAAAGGCUUUGUCUACUAUGGAUUAGAAUAUUUUUUUCACUAUUUUAUUUUUACAUUUUCUCAUUUUAACUUUUGCUAUUUUAGUCACAUGCAAGUAAUCACCCUUGGACCAGAGCAAGCCCUUUUCAUGGUACAGUAACAACCAAUCACCAAUUAAUGAUCUACUGCAAAAUAGAAGAUGAAAGCAAAGAUUUGAUUGGUUCCAUUUAGCACCUAGGUUUUUAAAACAGAUUCAGAAUAUCCAGGGCACAGGCAUCUCAGGGGCACAGACAUCUUGGUAUCUUUUUACCAUAUAAUAAAAAACAUUAACAUCUGGGGUUUCUAUGAUUCACUAGAUUUACUGUAGCAUUUUUUGUGUGCCACGGGACUCUUCUGCCAUGAGGCAAGUUGAAGGCAAAUAGUGAUAGAAAGCUGCCAUUGGUAACUUUAAUUGUAGAGUCAGAAAUGUCCCCAAGCUUUAUAUAUUGUUCUCUGCUCAAUGCCAAAGCCUGAAUAAGCAUCAAGGUGUAUAUAAUCGUCUACUAAAGUGAAGUGCCUUAAUAAGAAAAUAGUGUAAUUACUCUAUACACAAAGUGAUUCCUUUUAUUCCAAAAUGUGGACACUUGGCCAAGAACGGCAAAUGCUUGCACAUUUUAAAAAUGUGUUCUGAGAUAAGUACAUUUUAUGAACAUGUUAAAUUACUUGAAUUGUGUGUGGAAACGUUGUUAAGCUUUCCUUUUUUUGUGUCUAUGUCUAUGAUAUAAUUUGCAUAUGUGCAGUUCCUUUUAUCUCUUUGUUGUACUUGAACAAAUCUUUGGUCCUGAAAAGUAGACGCCAUCAAAAAUUUGUGAUAAAUAAAUAAUUUAAAAUAA